CAAAAAAGAACAGUGUGCAUGCUGCUCAAGGGCGAGCCGCCGCCGGCACAGAUGGAGCCCACAACCUCCAUGGACCACAUUAUACUCGUGCUUGCGCUGGCCAUGCUCGUGGCAAUGCUGCAGUCCAUGUCCACCUACUUCAGUCUCGUUGUGAUGACAGUUCUGGCAGUUGGGUGGCGAUUGGCCGCUCAGUCGCACUCUCGGAGUUCUAGCGCUUCCAGACCUUGUACACCACAUCCUGAUAUGUCGUCAAAUCUCCCACCUGAUCAAGAGUCUGCGUCUCGUAUGACAGGGAUUCCUGUGAACGACGACGUCUGUCGUGGCCUGGAUACACUGAUGGUCCUCGACGAAUGCAGCAGUACGAACCGCAGCAUCGCCAUCAACUCGACGAUCCCGGUUCCGAUUGAAAACAAAUUUUUCCAAGGCCACGUGUUGUUUCUCGUCAGGACGGCCCGUCCCAACUCGACAUGGGAGCACUUGUUUGCCGGGCGAAGGCGAAACUUUUGGAUCCAGGUGCAAGGCAAGUUCAAAUGCCCCCCACGUGGGUCGAUUUUCAUGGGCGGUGAAUUGCCGCAUCCCGUGUCGGUGGGGUUUCUCGCGCGGAGUUUGGCACGUGUCGUAGCUGGCAUCAUGCGCCGAUUCCUCGGUACGACGCACGUUGGGUUCGGCGACCACAUCGAGCGGCCGCAUUGCGUCUUUCCGCUCUACCAGACUGUGGAUGAGAUGGUAGUGACGUCUCACGGCGCAGCGCCUCCAACGCUCGGUCAAGUUCAUUUCGGCGAAUCUCCCGUCGCCCGGCAACGGCGCCGGCUGACGCCGCUCGGGACGGAAUCGUUCCACGUGAACUCUACGUACACGUUCCAGUUUCACACCAUGUACGUCGACUUGGCCAAGUGGACCAUCGUGAACGUUCCAGGCAUGCAAGACGUGCAUUUAACAACGUUUUUCAAGCAAGUGCCGCUGCACCUGACGUGCUACGACGUUGAGCCGACGCCAAAACACGACCACGCAUCCAAGCAAUACCUGUUUUGUUUUUCCGUGCACUGGACGCCUCCAUCUACAACGACCGGUCUGCCCAUACCAUCCUCUGCAGCCAGACCGCAAUCACCCACAACACUAGUGCCACAGCCUACCUCCAUGAGAUCACCCUCCAACACACGAAGCCGUCCGCCCGCCGCCACCACCACUCGAUCCACCCCUGCCGCACUCUGUAUCCCGUAUUGGCUCGAACGUCUCGACCACACCAAGACGCGUAUCGUUGUCUAUCUGGCUCGUGAUUUGCCUUCAGACACCCUCGCGUCCAUGGCACGGCAGCUGCAUGAACUGCCGGCCAAGAUGCUUCGAUCACAUUUCUCGCAACUCUCCAACCUGAACGCAAAGUCCAAACUCGCGCGGUACAACGUCAUCGACGCCAACCGCUUGCUCGUCCAAGCCAGCGACGUCGACGCGAACGUCGUGGCUCGUUUGGCCGAGCCGUUCGCGUGGGUGCCUGCGUCUGCGUCGUCGCUCGGAGUAAAACUCCACCAAUUGGACGGACAACCCACUGGCGGCGUCGUCUUGCAGCAGCAAGUGGUGCGUGCGAUCUCGGACUCGCACCUUCGACAAGAGUACAUGGUCCUCACCCACACGGCGCUGCACUUCUUUCGAACGUAUUCGUCCGCUCCGUGCGCGAGCAUUCCGCUGGAGCAUAUAGUCGCCGUGUCGCAGUGGACACUACCCCAUGGAGAAGGACCCGCUUUCAACCAUGGUAUCCACGUCCAUACGACACGAGGGCACGCAUAUCUGUGCCUUCCCACCGCUUCUGCUCAAACCGAAUGGCUGCGAGGCAUUGCAACCUACCACGAGCGGCGCCAGGUCGAUAGCUACGUACCAAUGCGAAGCCCAUGGAACGACCUUGUGCCGGCAAGUCGCCCUGGUAUCCUCAACACGUUUCGUUUGUUCCGCCCAUUCACUCCAGAGCCAGCGCUGCCCCAAGCAUCACCAGCGCAUGCAACGCUCCCCAUGGCUUUGAUGGAUUGCAUCGAGACGUCCUUUGCCGCCAUCGAGGCGGCCAACGUGGUGGAAGCUACAACGACCGGCGGUCGCGACUACGAGGCACAACUUCAAAGCGUUGUUGCGUUCCUGGAGACCGUCGCGUCCCUCCAGUGGGUCGACCCGUCGACUUUGACAUCGCCGGACGACCGAGUCGCGUUUUACUUGAAUGUGCAUAGCGUCCUGGCAUGGCAUAUGCGACAAAUCGACACGAUGGGCCACUCCACCAAGCUACCCCAUGGGUGCACAGCUUGCUACCGCAUCGGGUCCGACCAGGUCAUGACGUUGCCAGCGAUGCAAGCUGCCGCGCUGCGCUUUCGCCACGCAAACGCCACCGACACGACGUUGCAGGUGCCGGCAGACUUUCGCGUUCGACUCGCGCUCCACAUGACGACGUCGACGCUGCCACGAUUCGACCCGCGCCGCGUCCAGUACCAACUGAAUGCGCUUUGCACGCGAUUCCUCCGCGAAACCGUGUCGACCGACGUCCCACGGCACAGCAUUCAACUGCCAAGGCGAUGUCGCGAAUUCCGCUUUGAUUUUGGACCAAACGGCACCGGCAUUGAGUGUGCGAGGAAGGUGUUGGGGUUUUUGCACGACUCGUGUGCAGCAGACAUGCAAACGAUCCUCCUCGCCCACGACGAAGCGCCCGUGGACGUGCAGUACGUCGACGAUGGCCACGUUGUCGUCGAGGGCGCCUUGCCCAUCGAGUCGUAAGCACCAAAAUAGUUAGCAACACAGGUUUUCGAUGGGACAGCGGAAGAGGGCGUGGAUACAUCAAGCUGCGGCCGCAAAGACAUGCACCCAGACCACGCGAAAUGUUUGAGGCUCCACGGAGGAUGCCGCAGCAAUCUGAUGAAGUGGAUGGUCUUUGGGAGCGACGCCACCGUCCGU